GAAUAAAAUCAAGUAAAUAGGGAAAGAAGAAAUUCGUUGAAUAAUAAUUUGUGCCAGUGUUAUUGCAUAAACUUAAAUAUUGCAUCCCUUCGAAGCUGACGAACCUGCGGAGACGGUUUUUCGACGAAAGUGCAGCCGGGAGUAGAAAACAGAAUAUAAUGCCGAGCGGAAAAUGCAGCUCCUAGUUCUUAUCUUCGUCGGCUGCUUCGACCUCAUCACAACUCGAGUACGUUCCGAGGAUAUUUCGCUCACCCGGCAACCCCAUGGAGACAUCUUUAUCCUUGAGGAAUCUUCCACCGAGGCAUGCGUCGUGCUCAGCAGCGGAACCGCAAGUCCCUUCUCCUUCGCCUCGUCUUCCCCGGAGAUUCCAGUUUCAAACAGUUCCUACACCUGCCAGUGCAGCCCGAAACUUCCGGUAUUCAGGGAGGACCUCAGCAUCUGCGUCGACGACAUUCACGAAUGCGGCGCGGCUACAUUCGUCAGUAAUGCCGAAGUCCCCGAGAAGGUUCCCUACGUAUUUCUACCUCAGCAAGGACAGCUGAUUUAUCCUCAUGCUGAAAUACGCUUCGAAGGUGUUAAAACUCCGUUCUGCAAAGUGACUGGUGCCCAGCAACUGAGCCGAGGGGGAUGGACCGAGUUGCGGAAUCUGUCCACCGCGGACCCGCCAUUGAAGUUUGUGACAUACGAGGGACGGAGUUACUUGCAGUGGGUAGGAGAAGCCGAGCUGCGGGAUGCGACGGAGGGGCGAGUAGUCCGUGUGCAUUUGGUGUGCCGAGACGCCGACCGGGAGAAGCUGGCUCCUGAUGUAUUUACUCCCUGCGUGGCCUUCCGGGUGGCCGGCUCUCCGACGAAGAACACGAUUCGAGAGGUGGUGUUCUUCAACGACGCCCAAGUCUCCCAAGGCUUGUCCGCCAUCGAAUACACCGCCAUCGGAUUAUCCUCGGUUGUUCUCGCCCUGAUAUACGUCGCCAGCGUUCUCCUUUACCUUCACACAAGGAAGACCAAACGGAGACGCGUUGCGGAACCGGAAUCCGGCCUGAGCACCGGCCGCGAUAACAUCGGCAUCGUCAAAAGCAACCCUCUCCUAGCAGCUGGACGCCAUUUCGAAAGCGACGACAACAGUGGACGCAGUGAAAGCGAGCUUGGAGACGAUCAACCGCAAAGCGACAGUGAUCAGGGAUUUGAAAAUGUCACUUCUGCGGUGGUUCAUCCGCAUUGCGCGUACAGUUCAGACUCCGAUGGGAUGUUCGGGUCAGGUUCGAUACUUGGGGAACGUCUGCCAGAAGAGGAUGUUCGGAUUGUGGAAACAAUCGAGAACACUCAGCACCAGGAUAGCUCCUCACUACCGGGCAGCCAGAGACGGAAGCUGUACUUCAACCCGGCGUACUUCGACAGGCAACUACUACUGGCCCCACCUCCGGCCGCCAUAGAGUUUCUAUUCAAAAUACGCGAAGUCAUCUCCAUAGCGAAACACAAGAUGGCUGCGAAGCGAUUCGUUCCAACGCUUGUUGGGAUUCCGGAGGAGGAGAUUGGCCUGGAACGGAACGGUCGAACGGGUCUUCAUCGUCGAGGAAGCUCGGCUCAGGGGUCUGUCGCAAGAUCGAAAAAGUCUCAAAGCUGCACCGGAUGCCCAGGUUGCCGCGAAUCGCAGCCAAGUUUGCCGGUGCUUCCCGCACCUUCGCACUUAUGCCUGGGAGAAAGUAGGAUACGUGCAUGGUUGGAGGAUGUAAAACCGCCGGAGAGAAAGUGGAAGGACGCGGAAGACAGUAGACGGAACUUUGCAGAGAACGCGAGAUCCUUCGCGAAGAAUCUUGAGUACCUCAAAGAGAUGGCCAAGAGCGAUUUCGGCAGCCCCGAGAGGGCGAAUAAGCCCAUGUCCUCGUCGUGGAGGGACAAUCCGCCGAUGCUGAAGACCUUCCAGAACAUCGCGAAGAGUGAGAUAAUGGAGAACGACGACCGCCUCAGCGUAUCGAAACGUUCGACCAGGUCCAUGUUUGAGGAGUCGAACUUCAACCGGUACCACAACAUGUACAGCAGCAACAUCGAGACCUUGGAUAUGAACGACACGGUGAACGCGAAGGUCAGGAAAGCCAUAGAGAACUCGUUCAUCAAGCAAAUGGAGGAGAACGCGACUCUCGAGUCGUUGCAAUCGCUGGAAAAGAAACUGAUGGAUCCACCAUCGUUGAGAGAGGGACGAGCGACGCCCACGAAUUCGCACAAGUCUGCCAAGUCAUCGUCGAACGAUUCGGUGCCAAAAACACCGACGAGGAGGCCGAAGAAGUCACGCGCACCACCAGCCCCGAAAAAGCUGCCCGACAUGAUCAAGGAGCUUCCGAACGGAAAAUAUCCCGCCAAGAAGCUCAUGGAUGAAGUUAUCCAGGAAAUGGUUGUCGCCAAGGCGCUCGAGCAUGGACCAAAACUAGCCAAGGCUACCGACUUCGAGGUCGACAGUUUGGAACGCUCGAAGACCAGUCUAAAGUCCUCCUCGUCCCCGGACUCCACGGAUCGUCAUUCGAGUCCAGCUCUGUCGACAGCGCUACCUCUCGAUGAGGAACUGACUAUGCAGAACGCGAUAUUCAACGUGAAGACGGGGGCGAUGACGAUCUCGAAGUUGAAGAGUGAGGCGUUGGAGAGUAAGGCGACACCGAAAACGACCCUUUCAGAGCUAAUACUCCCCAGACCCCAGAGGUACUCACUGGUCAGCGAGGUUUACGUUAACGACGGGUACGCCAGCCCGGCCGGAAGCGAGUCUUCGGGGCCGGAAAUCCAGUACGAACCCGAGAACCCCGGGCACCUGACCAUCAAGGUCCUUGACUCGCCGGAGAACUACGUGAAGCAGGACGAUUCGGAGUACGAGCCGGACACGCUGGAUCGUAAACCGAUGAAGUUGAAGAUAAACGGGGACGUCAGCUACGGCAAGGGUAACCUUGACGAGGUAUACGUGGACUCGUUGGAGAGACCAGCCCACAUAUCGCUACGCAGCAAGGGAAGUUUCAGAACCGAAGAUUCGAAGGGUCACGAAACUGCACCGUUCCAACGUAGCUACGGAAGCCUGCGCGAGAUCUACGAAGCCAGACUGAGAAGCAACCUGAAGAACUCUGCGCUGCUGAGCAGCACGCGGUCCCUGAACGGGGACGCGGAGGUGGACACUAACUCCUGGCAGAAGAAGAAAUAUCUCACUCCUGAAAUGAAGCACAUCAAGAGACAACGGAAGCCUCAGAACCAGCCUGACGUCGUUCCCACUCCGAUCGACGAAUCGAUCUACCAACAGCCGAAACCACCGCGGCUGAUAGAAGGCCUAAUGACGAAGCCCCCUUUGCCACCGCCAAAAAACGGACGGGACAGGAGUCGCGUUGAUACUGGUAGCCCUGCGGCCAGCGAGAUCACUUCUGUCCCAGUUAAUUAUCACUCCGCGGGGAAGCAAUUCAUCAAUGAUAUCAACGAAUCGAAUGAGCCUUGCCUCUGUCGCCAAAAGAAGAAUGUCAUGUCGAGCAGCUUCGAGUCGUUGGCUACCUUGAACCAAGUCGAGAAGAAGCUCCAGCUGUCGAGGAACGAUAGUAGAAAGACAGUGAUCGGCGACGCUAAUGUGGACUCACACUGGCGAGUCAACGAAUAUCCGUCCAGAGAAUACGAGAAUGUAUCGUCCCUGCGCAUCAAUGCUAAUCCUUCGAAGUCCAAGGGCAGGAUCCCCUUGUUUCCAAUCGACACAAAGAGCUACCCUCCAGUGAGGAAGACUGUUUCCGGUCUCAGACAUUCCGGUUCAGAGAAAAGAGCCAGACAGUCAACGGCCGAGCCAAGAUGCCUCAUUUCCGAGGGGUGCAUCACCUUCCUGGCACCGGAACACCGCUCGUCGCCCCUGAAGAACUCCGGACGUCGAAACGGAGGUCGGAUCCGAACGGCACCUGGGAUCCAGGUCCAGCAGAACGGCUACAAGGUCGAGGACAGUGGAUACCUCAGCAGCACGGACAGCAACGGAUCCCACAAACAGCUACUGAAGCAGGACGUCAGCAGCGUUUCGGAAACGGAUGAAACGGAGUCGGCCUGUGAUGGAGCGAGCGAAAGCGGCGCGGAGAGCAUCGGCACGGACAGUGUGUUCUUUGGCAACUUCCGGAAGCUCUCGGAGAUGUCGAGCUUCUCGAAGAGCGUCGACUCCGGGGUGGAUCUGAACGUCCGGAACCCGUAUUUCCAGGCAUUUGGCAUCAGGAAUGAAGGCGGGGUUUUAGAGCGGCCGAGUUAUGCCGCCAGCGACAGCGAAACCGAUAGCUUUAUGACCGUUCUACCGCUGGCAGGUAGUAAACGGAACAGUUUGGUUUUAUAGUUGUAACAAAUAGGCGAAUAGUAACAAGAAAUUUCAGAGGUUGUGAAAAAGUUAUUAACGGAGUCCAGGGUACCUUUUAGCUUUUACGUUCUACUGGGACCAGCGUGUCCCGGAUCUUCCUUUUUUCAGUCGACCAAUUAUUCCAGGAAGGCUUCGAACGUCCGAAGACUUCGAACUAUUAGGGCCCAGAAAUCAAGGCCUUUCAAUGACUUAAAUAUUUUCU